CUCGAAGAACGCGAUUGAAAAACCUUGACUUAGUCGCACACACCACUGCACAGUACUCUGAUGACAGGAGUCCAUGUGAUUAUGUGACAUGUAGGAGGUGAGAGUAAAACAACUUAUUUUCGUUUAUGACUCAUUGGGAAAAUAUUCAACGGUACUUCCUCCUUUGCAUUUGUUGAGUCCCUUGUUUUUAUCCAUGACUUUUCAUUUUGAGAAGUGAGAUGAACUUUAUGAAGCACAGAUAAAGAAGGGACCAUGUCUCCCAGUAAACCCCCUGAAACUGAAAAAAAAAGUCCCAAAAUGGAGUUGGGGUCUUCCCCAGUCAGUUCAUCCUCUCUAUAUAAUGUGAAGGCAGACGGUGUAAAAUGACUGAGCAGCUUUAAACAUUACACACUUCAUGAUGGCCUCUCAUCUUCCUCUGUCUGUGUUGGUGCUGCUGUUAGUGGCUGUAACUUUUAGUGAAGGUUUGCGGGGAUUUGGACCGAAGAACUGUUGCUAUCGUUUCAAUGAGAACCCAAUUGCGUCACAGCGAGUAGUUAGUUAUGUCAAGACUCCGCAACAGUGCCCCAUUCCUGCUGUGAGACUGAGGACAGUGAUGGGUCGUUACAUGUGUGCCAGAUCUUCAGCCUCAUGGGUGAAAAACCUCAUCAGCGAACUUGAUGACAAAAUAAUCCCAGGAAUGACAAAUCAGUUAUAACCUUCGCUAUACUCCGAACCUAAUGAAUGAUGAAUAUAUUCUGGACUGGGGGUUACCAACAUGGUGCCUUUGAGGAGCCCAAGGGCCUGUUCCAUAAAUGGCUCACCAGUGAGGGGACAUGAUGAAUUCCUGAGAAUGCUGCUGAAGUAAAAAUGUAAACACUUGCAGAGAUUUUCACAGUAUGAAAAUAAAGUGUUGAUUAUGAAUA